GUUGAAUUAAGUGUCAAAACACAGAAGAAAUAGUGGCAGAUUGUUGAAAGUGGUGUACUGGGUUUCAAAAAACAGAUUUGGCUGAAGAGGAAUUGUGAAGAGAGAAGAAGCAGGUGUUGUGUUACAGAUUCCUGUUGAAAAUGCUGCUACAGCCUAAAUCAGUGCAAGCUUAAGAGUCACAUUUGGACUUUGACUGAUUGCUGCUCACCACAACGGGUCAAACAUGGGUCGCUACCUCAGCACCAACUUGUGUUCAAGUUCUGUGAACAAGACUUUGAGAUCUUACUGCAAAAUUAGGUACCUAAUGAGCCUUCUCCGAAAGUACCCUCGUCUGGCUCAGUCACCACUCGGUCUGGAUUUCCACAGAUAUUCACUGCUGCCACCUCCUCGUCCCUCCAGAUUUACAAGAAAAGCUGCUUUUAAGAUUUUAAACCACAGUGAUACUGGCUCUACCUCUAAUCACUUCCUCAGAGAUUUUACCAAAGAACUAAAACAUCUCCAUGUGGUGCGUUUUUACUCGUCCUCCAAUAAGAAUACAUUAAAAUCCGAAGCUCCGGUUGGGAUCUUUGAGGAGGCUCAGAACAGUUUUCUUUUGAGUUCACUGGGAGGACGUCUCGGUCAAUCAUUUCAUAAAAUGUCCAGACACAUUAACGUUUAUUUUAAGACAAAGGAUGCUGUACUUCUGGCUGAAAACACUGGCGCUGUUGUGACAACUCCAGAAUAUCUUGGCAGGUCACAGAGGCGUAGUCUAAGUCAACGGGCAGUCAGAGAGCGGAAUGCAUCCAAAGGCAAAGACACAACACAGACCCUGAAAAGCAAAGGCAAACAAGAGAGCUCAGGAUCAAGUCCUUCAACACAGGACAACUCUGGACUGCAACUAUUUCACAUGAGCUCUUUGGCGACAACAUUCGGUGAGAGCUACAAUUACGUCGCUAAUCACAUAAACUCUGUCUUCUCUCGCGGUUCUACAGAGGCUCAAACGCAGGAGAAUACAGAAACCAUUUCUUCCACCAAAGGGACAAACAGGAAGCAGAUGAGGAGAAAAAUGCAAAACACUUACAUCAUAAAGUCGAAAGAAGCUGAAAUGUCUCAAGUGAAAUCAGGUGCAAAUCAGGCAACAGUGGAAGCUAACAAUGUCUCCAGCAGCUGGGAGGAGGGCUACCUCCUCUUUGCAAGGCACAUCAAUAAAUACUUUGGUGCAAAGGUUACAGAACGAGUCAAACAAGAUCAGAAUAGGAGCCUUCCUAUAGAAAAGAAAAGCAAUUACAAAGCACAGUCUACCUCACCAGCUCAAGGUGCCAUGUCACAACUGAAGCAAGAAGAACCUGUCAGCCCUGUCAGUGGGGGUCUUUUCCACAGCAGCCGUAAUACCACUAACUUUGGGGAGAACUAUUUCCAAAUGGCCAGUCACAUCAAUCAGUAUUUCAAGGGUCAAAGUAAAUUGGAUGAGGACAUCAAUAGAAGUGUCCUAACAGAGAUGGACCCUGGAUCAACUACCUCUGAGAGACUCAAGACUGUAUCCUUUAUCGACUGCCUUCGCCACCCCACGAGUGCCAUCCCUGACCUCCUGGGUUCUUAUCUAAAGCUGGGCCCCUUGACACAGAGUAGUAAACCCAAACCUGCCGUCACUUCGCCAGAGGCAAUACUGAAUAAAAAGCUCGACUUGAGUCGGAGGCAGGCAGAGGAAAUGACGCGAAGGUGGAUUGUCACUCUGUCCCAGGCUUCAUCUCCAGAAGCUCUGUUAGCCUGUGUCGAGGCACUCAAUGAGCACCUCAUCCGUUACCCAUCAUGCAAAGCCGUGAUGUGGCAGGAGAAAACUGCAGUCACGCUGUUGAAGAGGCGACGAACCUGCAGAGAUAGUCAGGUGCUUCAGAGCGCCUUAAGAGAAAGCUUGGCUCUUAUCGGUUAUGUGGAUCCAGUCAAAGGUCGUGGCAUUAGAGUGCUCUCAAUUGAUGGUGGUGGCACCAGAGGUGUGGUGCCUCUGCAGGUGUUAAAGCUCCUGGAGGCUGAGACAGGCAAGAAGAUCCACCAGCUGUUUGACUACAUCUGUGGAGUGAGCACAGGUGCAGUUCUUGCCUUCAUGCUGGGUCUGGCCCAUUUUUCUCUGGAGGAGUGCGCUGACAUGUAUCGUCGUUUUGGCUCUGAAGUGUUUCGGCAGAACCCGCUCGUUGGCACUGUGAAGAUGGGCUGGAGUCACUCCUACUACAACACUGAGACCUGGGAGACAAUACUACUAGAAAAGCUGGGAAAAAGAGUACUUAUCAAAACAGCAGGAGACGAGUUGAGUCCCAAGGUUUCAGCAGUCAGCGCAGUGGUUAACUGGGGUACCAGUCCAAAGGCCUUCGUGUUCCGCAACUACAACCACAAACCAGGGUCUCUCUGCCGCUACGCAGGAGGCUCAGGCUGCCAGAUGUGGGAGGCAGUGCGAGCAUCAUCAGCUGCCCCGGGAUACUUCCAGGAGUUUACCCUACAAAGUGACAUUCACCAGGACGGAGGGAUUCUCAUGAACAAUCCCUGUGCCUUGGCUGUCCAUGAGAGCCGUCUGUUGUGGCCCAACCAGCCCUUCCAGUGUGUGCUGUCCCUUGGCACCGGUCGCUAUGACAAUGCUAAGAAGGGACCUGCCACCUCCACCAGCCUGAGGGCCAAAAUCAGCAACCUGGUCAGCAGUGCCACCGACACUGAAGGGGUCCACACCCUUUUGGAUGAUCUGCUGGCUCCAGACGUGUACUUCCGCUUCAACCCCAUGUUGAGUUCUCUGGUGUCCCUGGAUGAGAGCCGACUGUGGGCCCUGGACCAGCUGCAGAGAGACACCCAGAACUACCUGGAGAGAAACCGGCUCAAACUGGCCCGGCUCUGUUUGGUGCUCGGGGCGGAGCGCUCAGCUGCUCGCAGAACUAAGGACUGGAUGAGCGAGAGGGCGUGGGAGAUGAAGCAGAGAUGGGUGUGAGUAGGUGCAGUGUGAG